AUGGGCGGUUUAAUGCCACCCUUCCCUGAUGCGGUUCUUACUAUGGAACGCACGAUUACUGUAAAAGGGCCAAGUAUCGAAGUGGUGUCUGCCGCUGAACAAAAGAUCUCUGCUAGGUUACGACAAAGUUACGAGACAGAUCUCCAGCACAGAAUGUCCUUUACCGGUAUCCCAGCGAUGCCUGGCAUGAUUCACCCGAUCGGUGACGCGUACGCGGCACUGGCUGCAUCUACAAUGCGUCCUAUUGGUGGACCGAUGUGUGGAGUUGGUGGACGUGUAGAUGUUUCCAAAACCACUCGGAUGUGGGUUCCCAACUCUAUGGUUGGAGCUAUCAUUGGCAGCAAGGGCGGUAACAUACGCAAUAUUAUUCGAAAUUCGGGUGCAAACGUAAGAAUAGAAGGAGGCGGGGAACGCAAAGAACCUGAACGGAAAGAGGAACCAGAAAAAAAGGAAGAAGGUGCCGGUGAUGCUCAAUCACAUGGUGAAGGAGAAGAAAAAGUGCACACAGAAGCACCGCCACCUGAAGAGAGGCGGAAUGAUGUGAGAGAAUUGACUCAUUGUCUAGCUGUUCUGAACUUGGCGUGA